AUGUCGGGUAAGCUAAGGGGAGUAAUAGCCAACCACGCGCACGCCGCGCUCCGGCGCUGGCCAAAAGACCCCCUCCGUCCCGACUGCCAGCUCCAAGACGCCCUCGCCAAGCGUGUCGAUAGGCCCACGGGCUUUGCGCCGCCCGCGACAGGCGCGACGACCCAAGAGCAAGCCGACUUGAAGCAGAUCAAUGCGCUGUACUCGCUGCUGGAGGAUCGGUACAAGACCAUGUAUCGUGCUCCCGACAGCAUCAUGAAACCGAAGAGUAACCCGGAUUACUACCAGGAUUUGGUUAAGGAAUUGGAGGAGGCACCGAAUCGGACGUUCCUGCAGAGGAUGGGGAAGAAGUUUGGGGGUAUGCUCCGGUUUACCUAG